AGAUAAAACCUCCUGACUCAGCACACGUCUCCCUUUGCUUCUGUGUGCGACUGGGACCAGCGCUUUCACCCCCUCGCCCUUAAUCAGUUUCUCAUCCGCAAGAAGACGCACACCGCCCACAGAGGACAGGAUGAGAGAAAUCGUUCACCUUCAAGCCGGACAGUGUGGCAACCAGAUCGGAGCCAAGUUCUGGGAGGUGAUCAGUGAUGAACAUGGAAUCAGCCCGACCGGGAGCUAUGAGGGCGACUCCCCACUGCAGCUGGAGAGGAUUAGUGUGUACUACAAUGAGGCCUCAUCCUCUAAGUAUGUUCCCAGAGCCAUCCUUGUAGACCUGGAGCCUGGAACUAUGGACAGUGUUCGCUCUGGGACAUACGGACAACUCUUCAGACCUGACAACUUCAUCUUCGGUCAGAGUGGAGCGGGUAACAACUGGGCUAAAGGUCACUACACAGAGGGGGCGGAGCUGGUGGACUCUGUGCUGGACGUAGUCAGGAAGGAGUGUGAGAACUGUGACUGCCUGCAGGGCUUUCAGCUGACCCACUCCCUGGGAGGGGGCACUGGUUCUGGCAUGGGCACCCUGCUCAUCAGCAAGAUCCGCGAGGAGUACCCCGACCGCAUCAUGAACACGUUCAGCGUGGUGCCCUCGCCCAAGGUGUCCGACACGGUGGUGGAGCCCUACAACGCCACCCUCUCCAUUCACCAGCUGCUGGAGAACACCGACGAGACCUACUGCAUAGACAACGAGGCCCUCUACGACAUCUGCUUCCGCACCCUGAAGCUCCCCACGCCCACCUACGGAGACCUCAACCACCUGGUGUCGGCCACCAUGAGUGGGGUGACGACCUCCUUCCGCUUCCCCGGCCAGCUCAACGCCGACCUCCGCAAACUGGCCGUCAACAUGGUGCCCUUCCCCCGCCUGCACUUCUUCAUGCCCGGCUUCGCGCCCCUCACGGCGCGCGGCAGCGCGUGCUACAACGCUCUGUCCGUGCCUGAGCUCACCCAGCAGUUGUUUGACGCCAAGAACAUGAUGGCAGCCUGCGACCCACGUCACGGCCGCUACCUGACCGUCGCCAUGGUGUUCCGCGGUCAGAUGUCCAUGAAGGAGGUGGACGAGCAGAUGCUGGCCAUUCAGAGUAAGAACAGCAGCUACUUCGUCGAGUGGAUCCCCAACAACGUCAAAGUGGCCGUUUGUAACAUCCCGCCACGUGGCCUCAAGAUGUCCGCCACCUUCAUCGGGAACAACACGGCCAUCCAGGAGCUGUUCAAGCGCAUCUCCGAGCAGUUCACCGCCAUGUUCCGCCGCAAGGCCUUCCUGCACUGGUACACCGGGGAGGGCAUGGACGAGAUGGAGUUCACCGAGGCCGAGAGCAACAUGAACGACCUGGUGUCUGAGUACCAGCAGUACCAGGACGCCACCACUGAGGAGGAGGGAGAGAUGUAUGAAGAUGAUGAUGAGGAAGAGUCCGAGAGCCAGGCCAGGUGAACACCCUGGAUGAGGAGCCAAGCUUAUGUAAACCCAGCUGACAGAGCGCCGUCUGUUUGUCCAUAGCAGGCUGAAGCAGGGUGAUUAUCUGCCUUACACACACUGUACUGUAUGGCUCUACCUCCCUUCCUGCAGUAUGCCCCCGCCCCCGCUCUGACCAUGUCUGUGCUAACUGUUAGCCUGCUGUUGAUUUAUCCUGCUGGAAGUACCUCAGGUACAUCCCAAACAGACCACUAUGUCGAAUGUGUGAGUGUCUCGGGCAUAAACUGACGACGAGUUGUCUUUAAUGUCUUAAAAUUAAACUUGGUUGUGCCUACUUUGUACUGAGCUUUUUUUCCCCUGGCUUCAGACUUUGUCGGGGCACAUUACUCAUGAAUAAAAUGAUUGCCUCUAUUGAA